GUUCCUUGUUGGGUUCCAGCUGCAACAACUGUGACUGAAAGAUUAAAACAGUAUUUCAUUGGUGGUGGCCAUGAAUUGACACAAACAGACAUAAUUAACUGCGGAAGUGACAGGUUCAAGCUAAUAACUCAAUCAAAAGGAGAAAUUGAAUUAAAUAUAUGCUUAGUUUUAAGAAAUUUAACUCAGUUUGGGGUAGAAUAUAAGUGAAGUAUGAAGCCUAUUACAUAUUUGUGUUUUACUUUAAUGUCUCUACUUAUUCAGUUCUGUCUAAUGGACUUUAUAAAUGAUAGAAUUCAGUCUGGUCAUACUUUUAUCGAUCACAAAAAAUCUGUUGCUACAAACCUAAGUUAUGUGUUAAAAAAUAUAAAGAAACAACCUCAUGCACUCUACUAUAAGGAUGAGCCACUGAGAUUAUCAAAGAAUAAUAAUAAAACGCAAAAUAAAAAGUACAGCAAUUCAUCUAUACAAAUUUCCACAUUUCCAACAUCAACAGAUUUUACAAGUACUUUAUUUGAUUUGCUUUACGAUGAGAAUGUUUCAAUGACUGAGAGUACUUUAGCCACAGAAACAAAUUAUAAUGAAUCAGAAUAUGAUAAUGUGACUGAGAUAACAUUUUUUGACAUAAAGACAACACCCAAACCAACCGAAAUACUGAAGAAAAAUGUGAAUUCUAUUAAUUGUGCAUGUGAUUUAUUGUUUAAUAAAUGUGAUGUCAACUGUUGUUGUGAUAGCGAGUGUACUGAUGCAGAACGCGAUUUGUUCAAAAAUUGUAAAAGGGGGAAUAAAGACCAGUGUUUUAAUUAUAACACAAAGUUGCAAUAUUUUUGCUUCUUUCAAGAUACAUGUAAUAGAGAUACUAGCAACAUAUUUGAUCACUUUCUUUGUAUUGAUAAAGUAAAUUUACCUAAUAAAAGAAAAACAUAUAAGCAUGAAGAUAUAGACAUAAAUAAAUAUUUUAAGUGGCAUAUUAGUCAAGAGGUUGUACCAUUAUAUAAAUUCACUAAAAACAUAUAUGUGUAUAGCCAACCUGUAUGGCUUUUGAAAAAUGAAACUCUCUAUAUAAUAUCACUACCAAUAACAGUGAGUAAUAGUUACUGUAGCGGCAAAAAACCAAUUAAAUUUUUAACAAAUGAGUACAUCAAAUGUUACGUGAAAAUCGAAAACCUUCAUUUUUUAUAUGCUUUACAACUCUCUACAGACUCAAAUGUUAUAAGUCCAACAGAAAUUACAACAAACAGUACAGUUUUGAACUGUUCAACAUUUCACUGUAUUAAUUGGACUGUUCUUGUUUGUAACAACGACGACUGCAUUAAAUAUAACAAAAGUUUACAUGAACCAUCAUGCUCAGAAAGUUAUUGCAUUAACAUAGGAGUAAAAGUAGAAUACAUCAUUUAUUGUAACGCGUCUGUUAUUACAAGAGCAAUACUGAAACUCUACAUUAGACAAGUUUCUAUGGACAUCGGAUUCGUUUCACAAGAAGUUAAAGUUACUUUCUACAUGGGUAAUGAUUCUAUUGACGACAUUGUUGCAUAUAGUGGAAAUCCGGGCUACAUAACAAAAUUACCAAUUAUAGUAUCUUAUUCUGAAAGCAAUCAUACAAAGAAUUUUUACAAUCAUACACAGGGAAAAAGUUAUAAUCUUUUGAUUCCUUUAAACCAAAAUGGUAAAUGUAUUAUUACGAAUAUAACACAUAAUACUGUAAAGUUUGGUAUUAACACAAGAUUGAAAUGUCGAAUAGCAUUAACAAAAAAUAACGCAAUACAAAAAACUGAUGGGUGUUUAUUAAUUCAAAUGGAAAUUAUUGAGUUGUUACGAUUAAACCGCGAUGUAUUUAUUUCGCCUUAUGGGAAUCCAAACAACCUCAAUGACAGUGAAUGGGUACGUCUUCAUAGAUUUAAUAAGAGUAAUGUUUACGGUGAAUACAGUUCGAAGAAAUUCCAGCUGCAAUGUUACAAUUUAAUGACACGAUUUGCCUAUAUAUUCACAUAUGCCGAUAUUGUUGUCGGCAAAGAAGAAAAUAAAAUUUUGCAUGCAAUAGUUGAAGGCACGACGAAGAAUGUUACGUUUAAUGUUAAAGAUUUGUCGACGAUCAUAACCGUGGAUACUAAUUUCUUAGAUGCAAGUACGCGCGGUGAUGUUGGCGCAUCUUUCAAUACUGAUUCUUCUAAGAAUUUAUUUUUUCCAUUUCGUAAUGGGAGUUGCAAGUUUACACGUCAUACUUUAUUUUUAUAUUUAUGUACAAUUUUGUUCUUAAGCAAAUAA